AUGGAGAAUUUGAUUGAAGCCAGAUUGUAUUUUUGCUUUAAUUGUAGAAAUCAUGUUGCCCUUCACGAUGAUGUCGUUUCAAAAGCCUUUCAGGGAAGAAAUGGGAGAGGUUUUCUGUUUUCACAUGCAAUGAAUGUUAGAGUAGGGCCAAAAGAAGACAAGGAACUGAUAACAGGUCUCCAUACAGUUGCUGAUGUCUACUGUUGUGACUGCAAUCAUGUGCUUGGUUGGAAGUAUGAAAGAGCCUAUGAGGAAAAUCAAAAGUACAAAGAAGGAAAAUACUAA